AUGGACCUGCUAGCAGAUACUAAAAUGCUUGAUUGUAAACCAGCUGAUACACCUAUUGUUGAGAAUCAUAAACUUGGUGUUUAUGUGGAUCAGGUCCCAACUAACGGAGAAAUAUAUCAAAGGUUAGUUGGGAGAUUGAUUUAUUUAUCAUUGACACGCCCUGAUAUUGCCUAUGUUGUAAGCGUUGCUAACCAAUUUAUGCAUUCACCUAGUGAGGAUCAUAUGCCUGCUGUGAUGCGUAUUCUGAGUUAUUUAAAGUCUACUCCUGGGAGAGGUUUAUUAUUUAAGAAAAAUUGUCACUUGGAUCACUUGGAUCUGGAGGGUUACACUGACACAGAUUAUGCCGGGAAUAUUACAGAUAGACGUUCUACAUCAGGUUACUUCACCUUUGUUGGUGGUAACCUAGUUACGUGGCGUAGCAAGAAGCAAAACGUUGUGUCUCGGUCCUCCGCAAAGUUUGAGUAUAAAGGGAUUGCCCAAGGGGUUUGUGAAAUACUGUGGUUGAGGUGGUUACUUGCUGAAAUUGGGUUUAGACCGAAUGCUGCUACAAAGCCCCAUUGUGAUAAUCAGUCCGCAUUUGAAAUUGCUAACAAUCCGGUGCAACAUGAUCGAACUAAGCACGUAGAAGUUGAUCAGCAUUUCAUUAAGGAGAACACCGAUUUGAAGACUCACUUGACAAGUUGGGCAUUACCGAUAUCUAUGCACCAACUUGAGGGGGAGUGUUGGCGUGAGUCAACGUUCCUAUUUGGAAUAGAAUUUGUUCCUAUUAGGAAUAGAAUUUCUAGAUGCUCUACUACAGUUUACCGUGAUAAAUGCCAACGGCUCGGUAGUGUCCCUCAUAUUCCUGCCGAGCCACUGUCACCGAUCGUGAGCCCAUGGCCGUUCGCCCAAUGGGGACUGGAUCUAAUUGGUCCGAUGCCAGAGGGCAAGGGUCAGGUCAAAUACGUUGUUGUUGCUGUAGACUACUUCACCAAAUGGGUAGAAGCCAAGGCCCUAGCAACAAUAACGGCAGCCAGGAUCGAGGAUUUCGUCUGGACGAAUAUUUGCUGCCGAUUCGGCAUCCCCUACGCCAUCGUCACGGACAACGGCAGGCAGUUUGAUUCGGAAGUCUUCAGGCAAUUCUGCAAACGACUCAAGAUCAACCUGUUCUUUGCUUCGCCAGCACACCCCCAAUCGAACGGACAGGUCGAAGCCAUGAACAAAAUUGUCAAGAAGCUGCUGAAACGGCAGCUUGACAAAGCCAAAGGGGCAUGGCCAGAAAAGCUUCCAGAAGCGCUGUGGGCCAUACGGACAUCCUACCGAACGGCAACUGGGGAAACACCAUUCUCCAUGGUUUUCGGUUCAGAGGCAGUAGUCCCGGUAGAGAUCGGAGAGCCCUCCUACCGAACGGAAACCUUCGCACCGAAUGCAAAUGAGGAAGCGCUGGCUCUGAGCCUCGACUUACUCGAAGAGCGCCGAGCACAAGCCAACCUUCGGAACGAAGCUUACAAACAACGCGUCUCUCGGUACUAUGACUCCAGGGUCAGAUCCCGCUCUUUCCGAGUCGGAGAUUGGGUCAUGCUGAAAGUCUCCUUGGCAACCAAGAAUCCCACGGAAGGAACCCUCGGACCUUCCUGGGAGGGACCCUACGAGAUCAUCGGUAUCCAGCGAUCAGGGACUUACCGACUCAGAUACUCCAAUGGAAAGACCCUCGGUCACCCUUGGAACGUAGAGCAUUUGAAGUACUACUUCAAAUGA